AUGGCUUGCAACAGUUGGGAGAAGCUGUGUAAGGCUCAGCGCGACUACCCAAAAGCGAAGUUCGCAGAUUCGUUCGUAUCAAAAUCGCUCAAGAAGACGCCCAAGAACCCAUUUCUCUUGGCAUGGAAAGCUCGGUUAUGUCUUGCAUUGAACAAUGUGGACACCGAUGUAGCAAAUUUGGUACAACAGGCCUGGGAGCAGCCAGGGGUGAACGACAUUCGGCUGCUGUCCUACUUAUAUAAGAUCUUAGCCGACGCUACGCGAAAAGAUCAGGACAAUAACCUAAACAUCAGCGGAGUGGGCGACGGGAACCUCAAAGUUUGGCAACGUGCUGCGAAAGCCUUGGGACGCAAGGAAGACCGUCAAGAUCUCUGGUCUGCUCUAGCGAAUGUGGCAUUGGCAGAGGAAUGCUGGGAAGACUUCCGCCUGGCUGUCUUUCACUACAGUAAAGAAACCAAGGAGGGCGCUGGAUCAACACCUGCAAAAAAGCAUGCCCACUUCACGCAAACACUCGCUAUUCAACUCGCAGCCGAACAGCAGCGUGGGCUUCCUCAGGGCGAGAUGAAAAGCAGACUUCAAUUCGACCUGGCUCGUAGACUUUUGAAGCAAGCAUACGAGGCGGCUCCAGAUGACCCCAUCGCUUUCAAGGAUAUACGCGACUUGCGUUUUAUGGGCGAGAUCUUCGCGCGGCAAGCGAAGUGUAGCGAGCUGUUCGAACACUGGAACCAUCCGCCUGCAGCCCUCCAGGACCUUAUGACGAAACAUCGGGGUGACUUGUGGGGCAUGAAGAUUAGACUUGCACGGCAGAGCAAAGAAUGGUCUCUACUUGAAAGCCAGUGUCUUGCGUACAUUGAGCGCAUCAUAUCACAGCAGGAAAGGUAUGUUGAGUUGGCGGCGAAGUCCGCCGCAUACGCAACACGCUCCGCUGACGAUGCUGUUCGCCUGAUCUCCGAUAUCACAAGUCGUACUUUCAACCCGGAGGAGUUCCAAAGCCAAGACCGCCCCUUGAGACUUGCGUACAUGACACUUCGCCAGAAUGUCGCUCCAGGAACUCCAAUGCUGGCCGACUGUAAGACGUACUGGAAGAACCACGCGAACCUUAUCACAUGUUACGCAGAUAUUCGACCAUUCCUAGACGGCAUGACCUCAAAGGACCGAGGAGAGCUCUGGGAAUUUGCGGAAAAUCACUACGAAGACGCGAGAAAGUUGUUGGCACAGAAUCAGUACCCGGCUCAAGACUGGAUUGUUCAUUGCGGCAAUCGUCUCAAGAUGUGUUAUCUUUUCUGGAUAUCACUCUCGACGCCAUCUGCUCAAAGGUGGCAAGGGCUCAUGGAGGUACCUUUGAUCGCUGCAUUGCGAGCCCCUCAGUUACGGACACCCAGGUCGCCUGAAGGUUUUGUUGCAAUAUACACACUCCUCUGGAUUCACCAAGAAGCUAUGCGCAACGAAGAGCCCGAUCAUCCCUUCGAAAAUACGCCAAACUCACGAGUUCUCCUUCAAGCUGCAAUGUUAGCACGCCAUUUGGUGGCGAGCGAUAAAGAAAAGCAAAACAGACCGCUGGCACUACUUGCUGCACGGCUGCACCUAAACCUCGGUCUAGGAAAAUCCGCUUUCCAGCUGUACAGCCACACCAAAUGCAAGGAGAUGCUAGUGCAUACUUUGUCACCAUUUGUUCUGUCACGCAUCUCACUGACACAUCCAUUUGGUGCCAAAGGCUACCAAGGAUUCUCAGCCGAAGAGGAACUAGGGAAAGCUGUCGGGACAAUGGAGAGGAUGGAACGCAAGCUUAAUGAGGCAGUAUGUUCUGAUCUCCAGUCGCUUCCAUGGGAUCAAGCUAUGGAACUCUUGGCCGCGAAACGGGAUUUCAAGUCGAGCUUGACAAAGCACAUAUGCAACACAGAGAGCCGUCGGAUAGCACGACUCAAGGGUGAACCGAUCGAUAAUCUUCCCGUUAUCGACCCAAGUAGCUACCGGAAUAUCAAGGACGUCGUGGAUAGAACCAUAUUCCCCAACUACGAGCACAGUCAGCAUCCUGGACCACUUUCAUACAUCAUGCCCAACGGCCUUCCUGAAGUUCAUUGGCUGGCCAAGAGCCUUGAUAUCUGGGACGCGAGCAGUAGAUUUCUCUAUAGAGAGACACAGGUGUUGGAGUUCCAGGGCAAAUGGAUACACCAAGUUGCCAUGCCUCCGGGUCAUGCCUGGGAAACUCAGCCUGACAUGACGCUUGCGGAAUACCAAGUUGAGGACACAUGGGAUGCAAUCAACCUCAUCGUUAAGGCGAUGAUCUUGCCAGGACUUCCCUUGGAAACGCUUCCUGGGGUGCUGGAAGCACUUCUGGACCAGGUUUCCGAAAUGCGACUUGCAAUGGAGAACCUGCGUAUGCCUGGCGCCACGCACCAAAACCCCGAAGACGAACCCACCAUGUUCCACGAGAAUAUGCUAAUGUCCUGUUAUACCAAGUUCGAGGUACUGCGCGCACUCAUCAAGUUGAUCGAACACCUACGCGAGAAGGUCAUCAAUGCGAAGACCCACCGCAUGAAGGCCAAGUUGUCAAAAAACUGGGUCAAUGAUAUGGAAACUGAGACGAAGAAUUUCUUCGAGGCGGUACGGGAUGUGGCGCAUAGCUACAUCAAUCUCAUCGAACAGAGAGGUCGUGCUGCGAUUAAGGCGCAGGUACGGUGGGGCAAGACGGGCGAGGCACUGAAGCAUGUGCUGAGUGACGACGAUGUCGACUUCUACGCAACUGAAUAUGUUGAUAGCGCACUACAGGCAUGGAGGGGUGUGCUACAAGUUAAAUUGAAGUAG